UUAGACUAUUUCCCAUAAGGUUGAACGUCAAAAUCUGCAUUAUUUCUGCUGCCUUUUGGACCCUGAUGAUCUUGGUAUAGCAGGGCCUGGCGUUUUUGUCUAGGAGGCUAACUAAGCUCUUCCUACAAAAAGAAAACAGGAUUCAGAUACAAGGGGUGGAGCUAUGAUCAUUAUCCAAUUAUCUUGUGAGAUGGACAGAGAGCAACUGGAACCAUUUAGGUUAAAUGAUGUAACAUGUACAAGCUCUAAUGAGCACACCUGGUGUGACGUCUAUCUCAUAACUACAACUCAUGAUCACUUCCUUAUGGGGUAGAUUGUAGGUUACUAGCAGGCGUGUUCUGUUUACGUACUGCUGAACUGACUUUGCGUCUAGCGCUUGCUCGAGUAACUGUUGACAGAUGGGGUGUACACUGGUGUAGGGUGUUAAUUUGGUGAGUCCGGGCAACGAGGAAACUAGGUAGCACCACGUAAACGUGCAGACUGCUCUAUUCUCUGAGCUAGAUGCGCUGCUGGCCCUUCAACUUCAAAUUUUCAAACGCAUAAUUUCCGUAUUCCUGUGUGAGCUAGAUAGAAGACAUACAGUAAUGGGCACACAAAACAGGUGGUGUGCGUGUAACCGCAACGCAAAUCCCGGAUGCCUACAGCGGGAACUCAACUGUAGUUUUGUCGAAACUCAGUGUUUUUUGAGCUGAAAGACGUUUGCCUUGAUUUCGGGUAGGUUUUCAACCUAUUUGUGUUUGUUAGUGAGUUACCUAAUUUGCACACGUGUAUGUUGCGUCUAGUUUACAGGUUUCCUACCUAAAUAGGAUUUUCCUGUGACAUGCUGUUAGACGCUGAAUGUGUUAAACUGCUUGAGCAGUUAGCUCUGGAUCCCACAAAAGCUGCAGAAAUUUCCGCCUGUCUUACUCCCCUUACUAACUACGGCAAACCUGCUGGAAAAGAGUUGCUUGGCGAUCAGGAUGUUGAUGACGUAGCACAGUCAAUUUACCCGGAUGAUGCUGAACCAGGGAUGAUACCAGUUAGAAUAGCCGGCGAUGGAAACUGUUUGUACCGUGCAGUGUCCCUUGUAAUGUAUGGUACUGAGAAACGUCACUUAGAACUGAGAUUGAGAUGUGCACUCGAGCUUUCUCAAAACGCAGAGUAUUACGCAUUGCAGUUGCAUUCUCUAGCACAAGAAGCUAAAAAAUCAGGAAAAACAAAGUUUUCUGUCAACAGCUUACUUAGUGCUACUCUGUCAGAUGGACCUGCUCUUGAAUUGUUCUAUAACCAAGCUAAGAGCGGAAAUUUGAUGAAAUCUUACCAGAUGGCCAUGCUGGCUGAAUCCAGACACAAUGCUCGACCUGGUAGCUAUGCGUCUCUGCAACAUAUCAUUGCAUUGGCAUCAGUAGUUGGUGUAAAGAUUAGGUCAAUCUAUCCAAAGUAUAAUGUUGAAUUUCGUUCUUUCAUGAAUACCACUGCUUUUCCAAAUCCUUUUCGACAGAAUCUCCAUCAUCUAUGUUGACCAUUAUGUGGUCAUCUUGCCAGAAACACCACUGUUCACAACUUUGGAACCCCAAUCAUUUUGUUGCUGUCAUUCCUGUGUUUCCUGUUGCUAUGCAAUCAAGUGACCACAAUUAUCUCUCUGAAUCCAGAAAAAGACAGCAUGGAUGUAAAGCUAGGCACAGUGCGACUUUGUUUGAUUUCUGGAAUCCAGCAAAUAAACAUGCAAAGAAGAUUGAAAGAGUUUCCUCAUCAAUGCAGUCAGAACCACCAAUGAAAUCAGAAGUCAAUAAAUUGUCUCAACAACCAACAACCCCCUUAUUAUCUCAGGCAACUGAUUUUCCACCUGAAGAUACAUCUCAGUUGCUUUUCCAAGGUUCAAUACUUCCACCAGUCAAAUCCAGAGAGUCUUUUGCCCUCUAUCAAUCUUGUAUGCCUCAGCCUUCUCAGGCCUCCUCUUUUUCUUUGCAAAAAUUUGAUUCACCGAAAAGUGAUCAAAUGUUUUUAAACCUAAGUUGUUGCAAUGAAAAAAGCCACUGUUACCAGAAAUUGAGGAACUUCUCUUCAUCGUGGUUGUCAGACUCGUCAUUUUCUUCAUGGCUUACAUUUGAUGGGUCAAAAAUGAGAUGUAAAGUUUAUCUAACAAGUAAGAAAAAGAACAACUUUACUGCUGGUUGCUCAGAUAUGCAAAGAACUGCUUUGUCUCGUCACAUGAACUGUCCAGACCACAUGAGUGCACUGUUAGACUUGGAACAGAGAAAAGCCAUGGUGAUAGCUACUCAGAACUCGUUUUCAGAGGAGGAGAAGGCAGUUGUAGGAGCACUUCGUACAGUCUAUUGGCUUGCUAAAGAAGAAUUGGCAUCUAGUAAAUUUUCCUCACUUUCUUCUUUGCUGAGUUUCCAAGGAGUUGAUUAUGUUGAACGUCUGAACAAAGAAGAUCCAACACGGAAAGGUUACCAGCUAACAUAUCAGAGCAGCAAUUCAGUGGCUGACUUUCAAGCUGCUCUUAACUCUGUUGUAGAAGAGAAUGUAUUAUCCAUCCUACAAAAGUCCCCACUAAUUGGCUUAAUGACAGAUGAAUCAACAGACAUCAAUGUCAGCCGGAAGCUUAUGGUAUAUGUAAAGGCUGUUCAUCCUGAGACAAGGAAGGCUUGCGAGUUUUAUAUAGCUGAUGUUGAGUUGGCUGGAGAGGCAAAUAGUGAGAACAUCACAAAAGCCCUUUCUAGAUUGCUAAAAAAGAAGAACAUUGAUCGCAGGCUUGUCGUAGGAUUGGCAACUGAUGGUGCUCCUGUAAUGACAGGGACCAAGUCUGGAGUUGGUGUGUGCCUACGCAGAAAGUGCUCACCAUACUUGAUUCAGGUGCACUGUGUAGCACAUCGUUUGGCCCUUGCAAGUGGGCAAGCAGCAGAUGCUGUACCACUAUUUAAAUUAUACCAAGCAACAAUCAACAGUGUGUACAACUAGUUUGCACAUUCAUCUACCAGAACGUCUCAUUUACGAUGCCUUCAGACUGUAGUAGAUGAUCAUCGUGUUACCCUUCAUGCCACAUUCAGCACUCGGUGGUUGUCGUUUCGUGGUGCUGUUGAUGCUGUUCGUAAAUCAUUUUGUUCCUUAAUGCUUUGCCUAGAACAUGAAGCAGAGAAGGGCUGUGCCUCUGCUAGAGGCCUUCUCAGGGCUGUGAACAAAGCUUCCUUUCUGCUUGCUACGUAUGGUCUUAGUGAUGUACUCCCAUUACUCAAUAAAUUGAGCCCCGUCUUGCAACGCAAAGCACUAAAUUACGCUGAUGUAGGCCCUAUUGUAAAGGCAACAGUUGAUGCCUU